AUGACGAAAGGUACUUCGUCCUUCGGUAAGCGCCACACAAAGUCGCACACGCUCUGCCGCCGCUGCGGUACCCGUGCCUUCCACAAGCAGCACAAGGAGUGCGCUCAGUGCGGUUACCCGCGCGCCAAGCUGCGGUCGUACGAGUGGGGUCAGAAGGCUAAGCGCCGAAAGACGACCGGCUCUGGCCGCAUGCGCUACCUCAAGACGGUCUCUCGCCGCUUCAAGAACGGCUUCCGCGAGAACACCGUCGCGAAGAAGAUCACGCGGCCCUCGCAGAGUGCAUAA